CCCGGCAAUUCAAAAGAGAGAAGCGGUCCGAAGAAGGGAGGGAUAUGAACGUUAGGGCUAAGAAAAAGCCGCAGCAACGGGAGAUGGCGUCGGCCAGCUCAGGACCCGGUCGCUCUCUAAGCAAGGGAGGAGUCAGCAGACGUCCUCCUCUAGCUCGAGUAAGGGUGGCUGUGCGACUGCGCCCAUUUAUGGAUGAAGCAAAGGAACCACCCUGUGUGCGAGGCAUAGACAGCUGCUCUCUUGAAGUAGCCAACUGGAGGAAAUACCAGGAGACUCUAAAAUAUCAGUUUGAUGCUUUCUAUGGAGAGAAGAGCACUCAGCAAGAUGUCUAUGUGGGUUCAGUACAGCCCAUUCUCAGGCACUUGCUGGAAGGGCAGAAUGCCAGUGUACUUGCCUAUGGGCCUACUGGGGCAGGGAAGACACACACAAUGCUGGGUAGCCCAGAACAGCCUGGAGUGAUUCCUCGGGCUCUCAUGGACCUCCUGCAACUAACAAGGGAAGAGAGUGCUGAGGGCCGGCCCUGGGACAUUUCUGUUGCUAUGUCCUAUUUGGAGAUCUACCAGGAAAAGGUAUUAGACCUCUUGGAUCCUGCAUCAGGAGACCUAGUGAUCCGAGAGGACUGUCGAGGGAACAUCCUGAUUCCAGGCCUCACUCAGAAGCCCAUCACUAGCUUCUCUGAGUUCGAGCAGCACUUCCUUCCAGCCAGUAGAAAUCGAGUCGUAGGAGCUACCCGGCUUAACCAGCGCUCUUCCCGCAGUCAUGCGGUGCUCUUGGUCAAGGUAGAACAGCGUGAACGUUUGACUCCAUUUCGCCAGCGGGAAGGAAAACUCUACCUUAUUGAUUUGGCUGGUUCAGAGGACAACCGUCGCACAGGCAACCAGGGAAUUCGGCUAAAAGAGAGUGGAGCCAUCAACAGCUCCCUCUUUGUAUUGGGCAAAGUGGUGGAUGCAUUAAACCAGGGCCUCCCUCGUAUACCAUACCGGGACAGCAAGCUCACUCGUCUGCUGCAGGACUCUCUGGGAGGCUCAGCUCAUAGCAUCCUCAUUGCCAACAUCGCUCCUGAAAGGCGUUUUUACCAGGAUACAAUCUCAGCGUUGAACUUCACUGCAAGGUCCAAGGAGGUGAUUAACCGGCCUUUCACCAAUGAGAGCCUACAGCCUCAUGCCUUGGCACCUGUUAAGCUGCCUCAGAAAGAACUGCUAGGCCCAUCAGAGGCAAAGAAAGCCAAAGGCCCUGAAGAAGAAUCAACUGGGAGCCCUGAGUCUACAGCAGCUCCAGCAUCUGCCUCCCAGAAAUUAAGCCUCUUACAGAAGCUAAGCAAUAUGGAUCCAGCCAUGUUGGAGAACCUCCUGAGUAUGGAACGUUUGCUGGGUUCCCAGGGAAGCCAAGGGAUACCUCUACUGAAUACCCCAAAGCGAGAGCGAAUGGUACUCAUUAAGACAGUGGAGGAAAAGAACUUAGAGAUUGAGAGGCUUAAGAUGAAGCAAAAAGAACUGGAAGCCAAGGUGCUGGCCCAGGAGGCACUGGAUCCAAAGGAAAAAGAGAAUACUCCCACAAUUCUCCAGCCCUCUUGUAGUGGCUCAGUGGCAAAGCCCCUGAAAAAGGCUGUGGUGAUGCCCCUGCAACGGAUUCAGAAGCAGUCAGAGUCCUCAAACAAGAUCCACCUCCUGAAGAAAGGCCACAAAAGGAAGCUGGAGUCAUCACAUGAGUCAGAAGCUGUGGAAAAGGAUGAGGACUACUGGGAGAUACAAAUUAGCCCAGAGUUACUGGCACGGGGGCGCAAAAAAUUAUUGCAUCUGCUGAAUGAAGGCUCAGCUCGGGAUCUGCGAAGCCUGCAGCGAAUUGGCCAGAAGAAGGCCCAGCUCAUUGUGGGCUGGAGGGAGCUGCAUGGCCCCUUUAAUGAGGUGGAGGACCUGGAACAGGUGGAAGGCAUCUCUGGGAAGCAGGUGGAGUCUUUCCUGAAGGCGAAUCUCUUGAGCUUGGCUGCCAGCCAGCACAGUGGUCCCUCUUGACUACCAGCUCUUGACACUACCUUUUCCUUUUAAAAAUUCUUGUAUAGUGAUGUGUAAAUACAGCUUUUAUUCCGUG